ACGCCGGCGCGGACUGAUGAUGUAAGCACUGCUUCCGGUCUCUGGCCCUUCGCUCCCGCCUGAGCCAGUAUGCUCCCCGGGGCCUCCAGCACAUCAUCUGGAAGAGCCCACUCACCCUGGACGAACCCUUCGGCAGCCUCAGACCACCCUUGAGGAGAAUGACCAAGACAUUAUGGGCCACGCGCUGUGUGUCUGCUCUCGGGGAACUGUCAUCAUUGACAAUAAGCGCUACCUCUUCAUCCAGAAACUGGGGGAGGGUGGGUUCAGCUAUGUGGACCUAGUGGAGGGGUUACAUGAUGGACACUUCUACGCCCUGAAGCGAAUCCUGUGUCACGAGCAGCAGGACCGGGAGGAGGCUCAGCGAGAAGCGGACAUGCAUCGCCUCUUCCAUCACCCCAACAUCCUUCGCCUCGUGGCUUACUGUCUGAGGGAGCGGGGUGCUAAGCAUGAGGCCUGGCUGCUACUACCUUUCUUCAAGAGAGGUACGCUAUGGAAUGAGAUAGAAAGGCUGAAGGACAAAGGCAACUUCUUGACUGAGGACCAAAUCCUUCAGCUGCUGCUGGGUAUCUGCAGAGGCCUUGAGGCCAUUCAUGCCAAGGGUUAUGCCCACAGGGACCUGAAGCCCACCAAUAUCUUGCUUGGAGAUGAGGGGCAGCCAGUUUUAAUGGACUUGGGUUCCAUGAAUCAAGCAUGCAUCCAUGUGGAGGGCUCCCACCAGGCCCUGACCCUGCAGGACUGGGCGGCCCAGCGGUGCACCAUCUCCUACCGAGCCCCAGAGCUCUUCUCUGUGCAGAGUCACUGUGUCAUCGAUGAGCGGACUGAUGUCUGGUCCCUAGGCUGUGUGCUAUAUGCCAUGAUGUUUGGAGAAGGCCCUUAUGACAUGGUGUUCCAGAAGGGUGACAGUGUGGCCCUUGCUGUGCAGAACCAACUCAGCAUCCCGCAAAGCCCCAGGCAUUCUUCAGCAGUACGGCAGCUGCUGGCCUCGAUGAUGACUGUGGACCCCCAGCAGCGCCCUCACAUUCCUCUCCUCCUCAGCCAGUUGGAGGCCCUGCAGCCCCCAGCUCCUGGCCAGCACACUACCCAAAUCUGAACAAACCAGUGGCCACACUAAGAAGGUGGCCCCUUGUGCCUUGGAAAGAGGCACCCAUCCCUCAUUGGAAACUCCAUCCAUUCUAUCCAGGAUGCUUUCUAACAGAUGGGGGCAGUGAGUGGGGACCUUUUUGCUCUGUGACCCCCAAGAGCAACACCUGGGUAAGGGGCCUGACUGAGUAGGGGAGGGGUGGGGAUUGGGAAAAGAGAAACUGACAGAAUAUGGUCCAUGGCUCUGAGCAGGACUACUGAGCUCACAUCAUGUUCUGCCUCCAAAUCCAGGAGCAGGAGAAUGUGUAAACAAGAAUAAAGUGAAAGCAGGUUGGUGUGGAUCUUAGUCUCAAUGUUUCUGGAGUGAGAGAAGAGGUGCAAAGGGCCCAAAGUCUGGUUGCCAUUUCCAAGGGAACACCUGGUAUAGAGUCGGCAGUGGUGUGACUUCAUCAUUCCAUGUAAGGAGGCUGUUUCCUUACCUUAGAUCUGGCUGGCUGGCAGUGGGAAAGUCUUCUAGCUUGUCUCAGUCAAAAACUUAAAGCUGCUCUGGCUUGAGCUGGCUUCUACCUGUGCCAAGGACUGGAACCAGGGCCCCCGAAAAGCACACUCAACUAGUUCUUUCCUUCCUUUACUCCCAGGGGUGAGUAGCUUAGUCAAAGCAACCCAGCUGGUUUGCUAGGCAAGGGCUUCUGGGUGGAGACACCUGAAGAGGCUUUGGGACAGAUACAUUAACAGAUCUCCCAUCCUUAGCCUAGGGGCAGGGGAGUGGAGGUGGCAGCCAUUUUGGCCCCUGUCUCCCUGAUGGUUCUAGCUCAUACAUGAUUAAUGAUUAAUGAGGCAGUCUGGUGUGGCCGACUCCAGCUGCCACUUCCUGCCUACUCUGCUGAAUAAAUGGGUCCUGCUGUAGCUGGGCUUGAAACCUGUUCCCCAAGGAAGGGCACUGUGUCCCUGAAUCACCAGGGAGGGUAGGCAAGGGCAGGGUUGGCGUCUCCUACUCUUGAGAUUGAAGCUUCCUCCCCUCAACCAUUCCCACCUCAUAUGCUGACAUCAGCGUGGGUCCUGGGGUGCCUAUUAGCAAAGUUGAAAUUUUCCCCAGGGCCCUGGCAGGAGGCUCCCACCAGCUAGCACAGAGGCAGAGGCCAGAAAGAAAGCACAAACAGAGGGAGAUGACCUGACUUUUAAUGGCACAACCCCAGCCCCAGCAAAGCAGCAAGACAGACAGGAAGCUGUGCAAAGCUGCUGGGAAGUUCAGUGGCACAAACAGCCCAGGAGAUUGCCCUCGUUCCCUCCCAUCCCCCAAGCUUAUGAUGUGGCUUUAUGCCCAGGAACUCUGGGCCAGCCCAGCCCCAUUUCCAAAUCCUCAUAACGCACAAAGGAGCCUGAGCCAAGCCUUGCUUCCAGAGUUGGUGAAUGCAGAGGCAACAGGAGGAAUAGGGUAGUAGUCCAGCUCUCAAAUACAGAAGCUACUGGACUUAAACUCCUACUUGGAAAAGAAGUGAAAACUCAUAUCCUUCAACAGUUGGUGGCUGGACAGACAAGUCCAGGAUUCGGUACUCAUUUCUUCCCUAUCCUGCGUGCCCCUAUGACCUUACAUCAGGGUCCUGGGGUCAUGCUUCCUGGGCCUGGCAAGGGCCUCUUGGCAAGUCUCCCCUUCAGCCGUGGAAGGGAAAAGUGUUGUCAGCAGCAAACACUGAGGGCAGCAGCAGCAGAAGCAGCACAAAGGGGAAGGCAGCAGAAGCUCAAGCACUCACAGAAGGGACAAGAAACUGUGCAAGGAGACUGUUUAUUUCGAAAGGCUUUUGCAAUAAACAUAGUGGAGAG